AUGAUGCGCCGUAUCAAUCUAGUUUUGCUGGCGACAGCCCAGCUGUGCGGGGCUCGUCAUCCCGGCUUCAGCAUCCACGAUGACCUAGCAGCUUAUCCCCAGUACGAGAUAGUCUUUCCGGAAUCCUUCAUAUUGGAGCACGAGGCGCAGGCACUCCUGGACCGCGCGAACCCGCACUCCACGUACUCGGCCGAGUUCUCGACGGCCUCCGACAUCUCGCAGAACAUCAGGGAGGCCGGCGACGCCGACAACGCCGGCAGCGGCACGGCCGCGGAGGUCCUUGAGAAGUACGAGAUCAUGAAGACGCAAAACUCGAGAUACCUCUGCUCGAUACCCGUGCUGGAGCCGCAGACGCCCGAGAACCACACGGCGACGGAGCUUGCGAAGCAAGAGGAGGCGCGGGAGCUGGCCAAGGCGUCGGCGCAUGGUUGGGAGCUCCUAGGCGAGCUGGACGGCAAGUGUCUGUACUUUAUGUCUGGAUGGUGGAGCUACAGCUUUUGCUACAACCGCGACAUUGUCCAGUUCCACGCUCUCCCGACGGUCCCCAACGGGCAGCCGCCGGUCCCCGACCCCCACACGGCCAAGUAUGUCCUCGGCAGGGUGCACAAAUCGCCCAGCCAGCGACAGCCGACACAGGAUGGCGGACAGCAGCAGCAGAAGCAGCAGACGACCAAGUCCGGGGACCCGCCGGCGAACACGGAUCUGCAAAUCAAGGGCGACCAGCGUUACCUGGUCCAGAGGAUGGACGGGGGCACCCUCUGCGACCUGACGGGCCGCGAGCGGACGGUCGAGGUGCAGUACCACUGCGUCCCGGGCAUGAAGGGGGACCGCAUCGGCUGGAUCAAGGAGGUCACGACGUGCGCCUACCUCAUGGUCGUCAACACCCCGCGGCUUUGCAACGACGAAGUCUUCCUGCCGCCGCAGGCCACGAGCGCCAAUGCCAUCAGCUGCCGGCCCAUCCUCCCAUCCGACGACCCCGGCGCGCAGGCCGACUGGCAUCGGCAACGGGCGUUGGGAGCCGAGGAGUUCUCGUCGACGACGACAACGUCGGAGAAGGAGCUGGAUGCCCAGGCCCAGGAGGAGCCGGAGCUGGAGCCGCUGAGGAGGAACCAGCACGACCCCAACGCCAGGGACGGGGCCAAGGGCGUCAACGUGGGCGGCGUCAUCGUGGGGGCGCGCAGGGUGCUCGCUGACGCCGACGAAGAGGGCAAGCCGCCGGCCAAGCUCGCGCCGCCGCGCAGCUACCUCCCGGGGCGCGGCCAGGGACCGCUGGUGGAGAUCAUCGCUAGCGCCAAGAGCAAGGCCGAGGGGGGCACGAUGGAGAUGCUCGACGAGAGCGAGCUCAAGAAGCUGGACCUGAGCCCGGAGCUCGUGGAGGAGAUGCGGGCGGAGCUGGAGCGCAUCGCCGGCGAUAAGGGCUGGAAGCUCGAGGUCGUCGAGCAGCCGGGCGACCCCAGGGAGAUCCGGGGCGUCGUGGACCACGGCCCCGGGGGGCAGCAUGGGGAGGAGGAGGACGGCGCCGCCGCCAAGGGGAAGAGGAAGGCGAAGGACGCGGCGGAGGGCGAGGGGCAGGAGGGUAGCGAGGAGCAUUUCUUCAAGGAGGAGCUUUGA